UUCACGGCCAAGGACGGAUGGGGAAUGCCCGCAGCACUGGCAGAGAGCGACGCAAAGCGCCGAUCCAGGACAACUACACCAGCUUAGAUGACUUGAUGAAAGACAUUCGCAAGUUGAAUGUGUCCGCCAACUUGAUCCUCGGCUACGACUUUUCCCAGUCGAACAUGCAUGGCAGCUCCCUCCACGACGUGUACGACCAUCACCCGAACCAGUACCAGUUGGCCACGAAUCACAUCGAGUUCGCCACGCGGAACAUCAUCAACAAGAACAACAUCACCGCGUACGGGUUUGGCGACGUCACGACGGGCGAUCGCAACGUGUUUGAGUUCGUGUCCCAAAACCGACAUCAGACUACAAUUCCUGGCCAAACACUGGACACGAUCAUGGCGCGGUAUGCCGCGCUGGCUCCCCAUGUGCGCCUGGGCGAGCUGUCGUCGUACGCGCCGAUCAUUCUCCAAGCUGUGGAAACCGUGAUCGCCAACAACUUUACCUACCACAUCCUUGUGAUCAUCGCGACCGGUCAAGUUACAUCGCCUCACGAACAAGCCCACGGCCACUUUAGCAAGCAAGAGCAAGACACCAUCAAUGCAAUUCAGUACGCAAGUACGUUCCCUCUUAGCAUCGUCGUGGUCGGCGUUGGCGGCGGUCCGUGGGAUUCCAUGCAUUACUUUGACGACGGCAUGACCGACAAGCACUUCGACAACGUCCAAUUCGUCGAGUUCGACAAGGUCACCCGAGGCGUCGAUGACGUGACGAAGCGGCGGGAGACGUUCGCGCUGCACUUGCUCAUGGAACUUCCAAAGCAGUACAAAAUCAUCCAAAAGGAAAACCUGCACAAGGAGCGGCGGCAGAAGCAUCGGCUGUCAAAACUGCGCGACGACCGACCAGCCAAACCAAUGGUUCUCCUUCCUCCAGGGCCUUCCCAUCGAUCGCCGCCUCGAGGCGGUAACAAUAAUGCCCCCCACAUGAACGCUCCCGUGCACUACAACAAGGCACUCGGGCACGGCAACCAGUUCCACCAUCUCAUAGACAAUACCCAUCCAUCCACCCACAUGGACCAGCCAACUGUACCCAACUUCGCCCAACCUCCUCCUGGCCAUGCCACGCAAUACGCCCCGGCCUCUGCACCGCUCUAUGGUCGCCCAAGCCCUGCCCCAGGCAGUUCAAUGGACCAUCCUUGGAACAACGCGCCGAGCCCAUAUCAAGCCAACGCGCCCGCCGACCAAAAACCGCUGUUUUACCCGUCCGUCAGCGACAUCCCUGGAGCUUACCCAAGCAAUCCGUAUGGGCCAAGUCCGAAUGGUUUUCAAAAUGGAGGGUUUCCCCCUCCACCUCCCGACCACCAUGCGUACAAGCAAGGAAAUGUCCACGAGCAACGCACCCACCAAACUGCCAACGUGUACCACGCCUAUCCCGUUGGACACAACGCAGCGGCCCCUGGAGGCUACGGUAACCCGGGAGUCCCUGCCAACUUGGCCUACGCCAAUCGCACUGGGCACGGUCGACGAAACGAACCAGCUCCGGCCAACAACUAUCAAGGUGGGUGGAUUGUGAAGGAGAGUCGGUCUGUGCUACAAACCGACCGCAAUUGCGUGCUCUUCCGUAGGCAUCGCCGGGUUUGCUCGAGACAACUUGAACAACUUGUUUCCAUCGUCGAAAGAACCUGCCGAUCCGAACCGAUUCAGCGACGGUGGUGGCAACCAACAGCGGUACUCGGAACCAUCCAUGCAUGCGAGUUACCCCAACGAGGCCCACAACGCGUACGGUGCCGGCAUUAACAGCAGAGCACCCUCCACGUACGCGCCGUCCCGCCAGUCCAGCAUGGCGUCGUCGCCCACGCAUUCCUGUCGAUCGUCGUUAUACUAUUAGCAGCGCUCUCGUGCGGUGACAUGGCCGAGCUGAUCUCGUGGCCAUCGUGGGUGCGGAGAGCCAGACACGGUUGGAACCUUUGAUUUGAACGUGGAGCACCAUGAACACCAAGCACUUUGACCCUGCCCUUCCACCAUCGACCAACGUUUUGACGCUAAAAUUUACUUGCAAAUCUGGCCAACUCCCAUCAACCCAUGGGCAUCGCACCAUGUCAUGGUGGACGAGGAAAAGCACCGAGACUUCGUCGUUUUGAUGAAGCACGCCCUUGAUGCACCAUAGAAAGAGUCCGGGCGAUGGACGCAACUCGCGAAAAACGGGUCGGGGCAACUACGUCGGCUUGGUGAUGGGAUUCCGAGUCGAGAACUACCACUGGUCUGUGCCUUGGGCCUCACGCCCAAGUCCGAUGUCGCACCUCCUCACUGUCUAUUCUGCAUGCACCUGGUGAUAUAGGGAGUUGAAAGUGUUUUCAGAAUGGUACGGAGUUUGAAAAAACAGAAAAAAUAUCUUGGUACAGUGCGCAAAAUAUAUAUAUGCGCACAUGAAAAUCUUG